AUGCGUACCAAGCAGACUUCUGUGGACUUGGAAAGACACUUCAGUAGGUGGGGAAAGAGAAUCCCCCUCUCUCCCCAGUUAGAUCUUUCCUCUAUUUUCCAGUUCCAGACUGUACAAUAGUGAGUGACUGCUCCCCCUCCCAGAGAGAAAAUGAAGAGAUCCCCUGUGGUAGAAUCUGUCUUUAAGUCCUCGAUUCUGCAGGAAGAGAACCUGCCCCAGAAAGAGGCUGAGAAAGGCCGGCACCCCAGGGAGUCCAGAUGGGAGGCAGAGUGCCGCCUGGGGGGCCGGCCCUGCGCCUCUGUGGCCCACGUCUCUGAGCCCUGCCUCUGCGGGUGCAGCCUGAGGACCAAGGCCGUGCUGCACCCUCGGCCCCCUCCCGUCUCCCACCCAGCCUCUCGGGCGCUCCCCAACUUGUCAUCCGGAAGGAAGCAGCUGUCUUCUCCUGGGACUGCAUUCAAGUCUCAGUUCUCCCAGAAUGCUCCGAAGCCCAAGGUGAGCGCCAAGUCCCAGCUGGCCUCUGGGGACAGGUCAAGAGCUUCCUGCAGUGCCACACCACUAUGCAGGCUGGUACCCGUGGGCAUGUGGCCUCGGGGAUUUCUUAGCCCGCUCUCCAAGUCCUGGCCAGAGGAGCCCCUGCACACCUAUAUCCCACCGGGAGGGAGCCACUUCCUCAGCCUGGAAGCCCUGUCCCCUGUGAUGUCACUUGUGGAGGGUGACAAGGCCCGGUCCUCUCCACCAUCCUGUUUUAAAUAAAAAUAUAUUUAGUCAGU